CUCAAAAUAAAAAAAGAUCCUCAACAACAAACAUGGAGUCGGAAGAACGACCUUCGAAAUUACGGAAACUGGAGCAUGGAGCUGAACCAGAGGUUGUGCAUGUUCUUGAUACGCCAACCGACAUCGAUGGCACUGGUCCAACGCCCGUACAACAUGUUACCUCUGCCACUAAUAACGAUGGUGAUGCUACUGAAUAUAACCUUCCGGCCAAUGAAGGGGAAGAAGCGGCUCCUAAACUUUCUAAGAACCAAUUGAAAAAGCAAAGGCGCUUUGAACGCUGGGAAGCGGGUCGUGAAGAUCGCAAACAGAAGAGGAGGGAGAAGAUUAAAGAGAAAAAGGAACGCAGGCGAGAAGUGUUUCGCGAAGCAGAAAGAACCGGUGACACAGCCAAUCUGCCACCUCCUAGAAGAGAUAUGCGUCAUAGGGGCCCAGAUGGUGCACAGAUGCCUAUCACGGUAAUCUUUGAUUGCGACUUUGAGGACCUCAUGUUCGACAAUGAAUUAAAAUCACUCGGACUCCAGAUCACCAGGUGCUAUUCUGAUAAUCGAAAAGCACCAUAUCGGGCUCAUCUGGCACUGUCUUCGUUCGGAGGCAAGAUGAAGGAAAGAUUUGACGGAAUUCUCGCCAAGCAAUAUACAUCCUGGAAGGGAUUCCGUUUCUUUUCUGAAGACUUUGUAGAGGUUGCACAAAAGUCCAAGGAGUGGAUGUCCGGAGAGAGGGGGGGCAUUGUCGGCGGAGCUCUCGUCCAAGAUGACAAAACCACAGAAAAUGACAAUGACGAAGGCGAGAUCGUGUAUUUAUCCAGCGAAAGCGACGUCACCCUGGAGCGGUUGAAGCCAAACAGCACCUACAUUAUCGGCGGCCUUGUGGACAAGAACCGGCACAAGGGCAUCUGUCACCGAAGAGCAGUUGAACGAGGAAUCAAAACAGCCAAGCUACCAAUUGGCCAAUUCUUGGAGAUGAAAAGUCGGCAGGUCCUGGUUACCAACCACGUUCUAGAGAUUAUGCUGAAAUGGAUGGAGUUUGGAGACUGGGGUAAAGCGUUUAUGGAAGUCAUUCCGAAGCGGAAGGGUGGAGUGCUGAAGGGUGAGGCAGAGGGGGGUGAGGAGGAUGAUGAGGACGACAAGGACGACGCGGAUGAGGAACAGGGAACAUCAGAAGCCAAUGUAGACACUGAUAUCCAGAUCUCGGAAGAGACCAACAACAGGGAAUUGGGUGGCACAUCUGCCGAAGAGGCCAGUGGGGAGGUGCAAAGUGUUGUUCCUACUUCCACUUCAGGAUGAAUGCUGGCAGCCUCCUACCGACGGGCGCAAUUGUCCCAAAACAUGUAAAUGGAUUAGAUGAUGGUUUGGUAACAGUUGAACAUGCCAUGAUAGAGUCUGGCAUGGUUCACUUCAAAAAUACAA